CGCACUUCCUCUACCUCAAACAACCUACACUCCUUGUUCCCCUGAGGAACCCCUUCAGGCAGACUGGCUCUUUGCAGAGCUACACUUGAUCAUCUCGACCGUUGACCUUGGAACUGCCAACGAUGGCGACCCAAGAGGACCUGGCAGCAAUGUUUGCUCGCAACCUCUCCCUCCAGAAUCCCCCUCCAUACGUUGCCCCCAAAGAGGAGCCAACUCCCGUCGAAGAGCAAUACACCUACUCGAUUUCCCAGCACUACCACCACUCUGCACAUCUCGCCCAACCACCCCCUUCUAGACCUGCCUCCGAGCCCCCUCAGACAGACCAACUCACUGUUGAGAUCAUAUUAGCCAGACAUGGCGUUGACGCGUCUACUCUAUUCCCCUCCCAAAUCGAACUCUUCAAGACCGCAGACACAGGCCAGCAGAUGCGAUUGAUCGAGCUCUGGCGGAUAUGCCCUCCCGACUAUGGCGGACACGCUCUGGCACAAGACCUCGGCAACUGGCCUUCAACCUCUUUCCAACAGGAAGAGGCGAUGGCUAAGUUGAGAUACGAGCGAUUGAUGCUAGAAGAGCGCAUGUCUCGGACAGGCGGGGAUCAGCAGAGCAUGGACAGUGACACGAUGAGUGAUUCCAGCAACACGACACCCUUGACACCGAUUCAAGGAGGUGAUGGACGCUGGAUGACCAACAGCCAUGUUGCAGAGCCGUACAUGCAAUCCGGCUAUGAAGCCCUUGCUCAACGUGAGUACGAGGCUUCCGCUGGUCCGUCAAAGGAUAUCUAUUCUCAUUUUGGUAACUCAGUCGGUGGUAACUACAAACCCGCCACAGACCCCGUCUACAACUCGGUCUCAGACAUCCACCGAUACUCCAAUGUCGGCGGCGACUGGGAGAGACUUGUAGAGCAACGAAAACAAGCGAUGGAGGAUCAGUAGUAAGUCAUCGGGGAGCAAGAUAUCUCUGGCUCUGGAGAUUUCUGGGGCCCCAACUUUCACAAUGAGAGGAUUUACUGACUAUCUUUCCAGCGGCGCAUUUGAUCAGCAAUUCCACCAUAACAUCGGCGGUGUCACAGUGGGAGAAUACCAAGGAGAAGAUGAGGAGAUGUGUAGAUAAAACCAUACAUAGUAGAUAGGCAGACAGAUUGCACAUUAGAGUUUAGUUUUUUUUGUCAUUCGCA